GAUUGUCGCGGGUAGUGGCGGCAGCAGUGAAGGAGGCCGCGCGUUGCCCCCCCACCCGCUCUAAACGCCCCCCCCGCCUUCUCCGUCAGAGAGUAGCGUGAUUGGUUCAGGCCUGGAAAGGAGAGUUCGAGAAUCCGAAAGUGCAGGCCUCGGCGUUCACGAGGUGAAAAAAAACUCUAAACACACCGGGAUAAAAGAUAGAAGAUUGUUUGAGACGAGAAAAACGGGAGAAUUACGGAACGGGGUACAUGUUCAUCUCUGAGAAAAGCUGGCAUUGAGCAUCUUGUUUUAACAACAAAAAUUGCAUCAAAUGUGAAGUUUCUGGGAAUUUGCAGAACAUGGACCAAGGAGGGGGGUUGGAAUUGCAAUCACAGGAUUCAAAAAUGCCACACACUAUGAUCAUGCAGGAUUUUGUGGCAGGUAUGGGUGGUAUGGCCCAUAUUGAUGGAGACCACAUAGUAGUGUCAGUACCAGAAGCAGUGCUCGUUUCCGAUGUGGUUACUGAUGAAGAGAUUACUCUAGAGCAUGGAUUAGAGGCAGAGGUUAUUGAGGGGCCAGAUAUUGAACAUGAUGUUGUGACUGCUGAAGGAGUGAUUGUCUCAGACUCUGUACUUGAAGCAGAAGUGGCUAUAGAAGAAACCCUGGAUGCCGAUCACCAUGUGUUGGCUACAGACCUUAUUGCUGAAUCUGUCAGAGUCCCCGACCAGGUAUUUGUGGCUGAUUUGGUAUCUCACCAUGAAGAUGGACAUUUAAGUCACCAUGUGGUACAUGAUUCUGAUAUGGUCUCUGAAGAAAUAAUGGUGACAAAUUCAGAUUCAGAAACUGUUAUUCAGACACAUGAAGGGGUGCCAGCUUCCACUGUUACUAUCAAAACUGAGGAUGAUGAGGAUGGUAAAAGCACUUCUGAGGAUUAUCUCAUGAUCUCUUUGGAUGAUGUUGGUGAGAAACUUGACAUUGGCAGUACGCCCUUGAAGAUUAGCACUGAGAUGACUCAAGAAGAUGGUUCAAAAGAAGAUGGCUUUGGAUCCGAGGUCAUUAAAGUGUACAUCUUCAAAGCGGAGGCAGAAGAUGAUGUGGAAAUUGGUGGAACAGAGGUAGUAUCAGAGAGUGAUUUCCACAAUGGUCAUGCAGUGCUAGAACCAGCAGGUGUCGGCAGACUUCAAAGAGAAAAAAUGGUAUACAUGGCAGUAAAAGAUUCAUCUCAGGAAGAUGAAGAUAUCAACUGUGCAGAGAUUGCAGAUGAAGUUUACAUGGAAGUCAUUGUGGGAGAGGAGGAGGCCCCUACCAUACAGGAGUCUCAAAUGGAAGAUGCCACAGUUAACAAGACUUUUGUUCCUGUUGCUUGGGCUGCUGCUUAUGGAAACAAUCUGGAUACAAGGUUAGAAAACAAAAAUGGAGCUGCCACCCAGUAUCUGCAGAUUAGUGACAGCAUCAGCACCAGUAGGGCACUUAAACAGAAGGCUAAGAAAAAGAAGAGGGGAGAGGCACGUCAGUGUCAAACUGCUGUGAUUAUUGGUCCAGAUGGGCAGCCAUUGACAGUGUACCCUUGUCACAUCUGUGGAAAAAAGUUUAAAUCAAGGGGCUUCUUAAAGCGACACAUGAAGAACCAUCCAGACCAUAUGUUCAAGAAGAAGUACCAAUGCACGGACUGUGACUUCACCACUAACAAAAAGGCCAGCUUUCACAAUCAUCUGGAGAGCCACAAGCUCAUCAUUAAGGGAGAGAAAGUACAUGAAUUUACUGAAUACACUCGGCGAUACCAUGAAGCUAGCCCUUUGAGUUCCAACAAACUUAUUCUUCGUGACAAGGAGCCAAAGCUACACAAAUGCAAAUAUUGUGACUAUGAAACUGCCGAGCAAGGUCUUUUAAACCGUCAUCUCUUGGCAGUCCACAGUAAAAACUUUGCUCAUGUUUGUGUUGAAUGUGCCAAGGGUUUCCGGCAUCCGUCAGAGCUGAAGAAGCAUAUGAGGACACACACUGGUGAAAAACCUUACCAGUGCCAGCACUGUGAAUUCCGUUGUGCUGACCAGUCAAACUUAAAGACUCAUAUUAAGAGCAAGCAUGGCACAGACCUGCCGUACAAGUGUGGCCACUGCCCACAGGCCUUUGCUGAUGAUAAAGAGCUUCAAAAACAUACAGAGAUUUUUCAGGGUCACAAGACUCACCAGUGUCCGCAUUGUGACCACAAGAGUACCAACUCUAGUGACUUGAAGAGGCAUAUAAUUUCAGUACAUACAAAGGACUUCCCUCACAAAUGUGAAGUUUGUGAGAAGGGCUUUCAUCGGCCGUCAGAGCUCAAGAAACACUCAGAGACGCACAAAGGCAAGAAGGUUCACCAGUGCAGGCACUGCGACUUCAAAAUUUCUGAUCCUUUCACACUUAGCCGCCACAUCCUUUCUGUGCACACAAAAGACUUGCCGUUCAAGUGUAAACGGUGCAAGAGGGGUUUUCGGCAACAAAAUGAACUAAAGAAGCACAUGAAGACCCACAGUGGCAGAAAGGUCUACCAAUGCCAGUAUUGUGAAUAUAACACUACGGACGCAUCAGGCUUUAAACGCCAUGUCAUAUCUAUUCACACUAAAGACUAUCCCCACAGGUGUGAAUAUUGCAAGAAAGGUUUUCGAAGGCCUUCAGAAAAGAACCAGCAUAUAAUGCGACACCAUAAGGAAGCUCUAAUAUAAUGUUACAGUCUUUCCUGUCUCCCCUUUCCCAACACAAUUGGGGAAUAGCAGGAAAGUUUAUACAGUCAAUGACACAUUUUAAUAAACUGUUCCAGACACUGCUAAUUCUCUACUUUCCAUUCACUGUAUAAUAAAGUCUUAAACAAAUAAAAAAGAGUAUUAAGAGUGAGGGGAGAGAUGAUGUGGUAACAAUUUCUGUACCUUUUUAAAACUUUAUUUUACGUACCCAACUCCCAUUUUCCAGAAAUUGACCAUUUUUAUAUUCAGGUAUUCAAAUAAUAUGCCCUUAAUUGAACAAACUUCUAAAACAAUAAAGUAUAUUUGUACCAUUAAGAAAUGACCCAACAGCUAAGGCAAAUAUUGUUAUUUCACUUGAUAAUUUAAAAAAAAGAAAAAAAUAUUUUUACUGUUAUAUGUGGGUUGAUUGAUACACUCCAUCAAGAUGUUUUAAUUUUUGUUUGCUGGUUAAACCCAGCUUUUAUUUCCUCAUCCUCCAUGCCCCCUCAAAAAGCUCAGGUUAAUUAUUAAGUUCAAUCAUGGAAGGCUUUUGAUUCCUUUGCUGACUAGUGAGUUUUUUUUUUUCUUUUUUAACCCAGAAUUUGUAUCUUACACACUCAUGAAUUAUUCUGUCCUCAUUUGCUGUUGCAGAAUUUUAAUUUGGGCAGGUUUUGGUUAGAGAAUAUUUGAACCCCUGAAUGUUUUUUAUGAAUAUGCCUCAUUUUCCUCCCCUCAGUCAGUUUGUUAUCUCCCUAGCUCAAUUCUCUAAUUGGUAAAAUAUGAGCCUACAAGUAGCAGAGUGUACAAGCUGGUGUGCUGGCUCAGUGACGUGCAUUUCUUUUCUAGAUAUUUUGUAACUGGUGUAUAUUUUACAAUAAACUACAAAUGUCCAUAGAAUAACCUAUUCAUCCAUCCCUGACUUUUAUUUUGAAUAGCUACUAUUGAUAACGUGUAAUUAUUUGGUUUUAAUUUUUUUAACAAAAUUAGGGAGAGUUACAUUUACAAAGUAAAGCAGAUUUAUACAGUGCAUAAUAGUGGAAAUACAGGUACUGACAUGAGUUGUUUUUGACCUACCUGAAGUAAAUAGUGGUUUCAUAAUAAAUGUGCACAAAUUGAAAAAGCAAGUGAAGCUGUGCCUUGAAGUGAAACCUAUCAGUCCUUUUAUGUGUUUUCAUUUUUGUGAGUUUUGUAAAGUUGUUACUGCAACAGACAUGACAGAAUUAAUCAUUGCCGUCUUGUCCAUCCUGGCAAUGCAUUUCUUUUUGUAAAAUAGGUCUACAUGAUGCUCAUUCUUACGAAAUGUGACAGAAAUUAUUGUCAGCUUUGCCUUGUGACCUUGAGAAAGCAUUUCAGUCGGGAGUCUGAUACCACUUUAGUUAAUAUUCACCAAAUAAUGUCCUUAAUAAAAAUUAUGUUGUUAAUUUAGGACUUUAAAAAGUUCUUUUAGAUAUUAGAAUUAUUAUUAGAAUAUCUGCAACCACAUGAUUUCCAAAUGUCAGCUUGGGUUGAUGCGUCCAUCUGUGGUAAGAUCAGCUUCAUUGCUUUACACGUUU